CACCCCACCUUUGGUGAGAUCUCCAUCGAGCGGGUUGUGUUUUGGGGGGGGGCUCGUGUCGCGGAGGUCGGAGCCCACGAAGAGGAUGAUGAUGCCGAAUGUGGGCCAGCAGCUGUAGCGGCAACAGCAGCACUGGUCGGUCUGGGAAGCAGCAGCUGCUGCUGGUGCUGACCCCCCUCCGUCCUCCAGACUCUGUCGGCCGUCAUCAGGCACCAUGGCCCCGCAGGACUGCUCCGACAUCAUCCGCGUGAAGAUGGCCUCGGUCCGCCUGUAGCUGUCCCUCCUCCGCCCACGAUGACAGCAGGUCGCCCGCUUCACGCGUCCGCCCUCGCAGGCCCUUUACACCCGCUGUGGAUCACGGUCUCACCCCCGAUUUGAUGUUUUAACCGGUUGUGUUUGAUUUCGUGGACACCCUCGUCCCGCUCCAGCCUGCUGCGGUUCCCCCCGCUCCUCCUCGCAGCUGUUGAGCCCUCGAAGCCGGGGCAUGGGCCGCGUCCGCCGCCGCUCCCCGCGCUGCCCUGCACGGAUCUAAGCCGCUCGCGUCCCCGGUGCUAAUGGCUCUGUGACAUCUCCCCGUUAAAGCCUCACCUACCCCGGACACCUUCCUGGCUGUUUACCCGCAGAACUGUUCCCCAGACCUGGUCGGGAAUGAGCCCCCUCCGUGCCUCCAGCAGACACCUGCCCUCCGCCUCUGUGCGCCCCGUGGCCCUGUGACUUCCCCCGGGGGUGUGGAGGUGCUGACCCCCCUGGCCAGUUCAGGGUUAAACCAUGGCCAAUGAACCUGUCCUCCUCAACGUGUACGACAUGUACUGGAUAAACGAGUACACUUCCAAUCUGGGUAUUGGAGUCUUCCACUCAGGCAUCGAGAUUUAUGGCAGAGAGUUUGCGUACGGGGGUCAUCCCUACCCUUUCAGUGGCAUCUUCGAAAUCAGCCCUGGCAACGCUGCGGAGCUCGGAGAGACGUUCAAAUUCAAGGAGGCCAUUGUUUUAGGCACCACAGACUUCAGAGAGGAGGACAUGGAUAAAAUCAUGGAGGAGCUCGGUAGAGAGUUCAAAGGGAACGCCUACCAUCUAAUGCACAAGAACUGCAACCACUUCUCCUCCUCGCUCUCUGAGCUGCUGUGUGGACGGGAAACCCCUCGCUGGGUGAACAGACUGGCGUACUUCAGCUCCUGCAUCCCCUUCCUGCAGAGCUGCCUGCCCAAGGAGUGGCUGACCCCGGCCGCCCUGCAGAGCCACAUCAGCCUCGGCCUCCACAGGGAGGACCAGAACGGGUCCAGCGACGAGGACCCCGCGUCCCCGUCCGGGGCGGGUGCCACCGGCUCGGGCUCCUCCCACAGCUGUCGCCACACGAGGGUGUGAACUGACUGCCCCCCGCCCCCCACACACAGACACACACACUAACACACACAGACACACACACUGACCUCCGGAUCUUCCUGCCACCACCGCUAGUGGCUCAAGUGGCAUUAGUCGGCUUGAACAACCACCUGACCUCACACUGCUUGUCCUCUGAGUAAAGGGGCAGGAAAGGCAGAGUCUCCUCGUCAUGGAGGGAUCUGCUGCCUUCAGAGACUUCAGAGCUACAGCACAGAGACGCUGCGACAACAGAGGGCAAACUCUGACCUGAGCCCUGAGCUCAGGAGACUUGGACAACAACCACUUGUAGAUCUGAAGUUUGUCGUACGUUAUUCUUGGUCUUUUUCCAUGAACUUUUAAACCUUUGUCAGCCUUGUUCCCUGCCCUGCCUUCAGAGAUGCUUUUGUAGAGUAACUAGAUCGACAGCUGAGGCGACUGUCUGUGACGUCACCAGGAAACUGCUCACCUGCUCAAUCUCGACGAGUUCUCGUUCAAUAACCUCUAUGUGGCCUUCAGUCGAUAUCGCUGACUCUGCUUUCUCUGUGUGGAGCUUUACUUUGGCCAUUUAGACGGUUAGCGGGUUACAGACGAUUGGACCAUCCCUUGAGUUCAAUUGUUGCAUGUGGAAGGAAUUUGAUAAACCAUUGAAAUACGCUGAGUCGCCACAUUUCUGAUCAUAUCGUCAAUUAUUUCCCCUCCUUUUGUUAUCGAACUAAACCGACACUCAUUUUAACCAGUGAACUGUCUCCUCGCUGCCAACUGGAACCGGUUCAUUGACAUUUACUGUUCUGCAGAUACAGUUUAGAUAGUGGCUGUUCACACAGCCGUGGGCCGCCCAGUCACCAUCUGUGGACAAACACAAAGGAAGUCAAGCUGCAACUCUGGUUAUUCUCUGACUAUUGACCCUGUAUACAUUUUGUCUACACUUUUAUAUCCAAACGGUAUUUAUAUUAAAAUGGUUUGAUUACUUCCGGGCCAGGAUACAAACACUUAGACCCAGAGAUUGUUACCUUGGUAAAAAUGGUCAAAUCCUCUUUUUCUCCAUUAAACUGGUAACAACUUUAACUUACUUUAAAUUUCCAUAGAGAAAGAGAAUAGCUUAACAUUUGGGGAAUUUAUUCUCUUUCCUGUGUUAGAGGAGAAGAUCGAUAACAUGUCUGUUCAAUAUGAAGCUACAACCAGCACCCGGUUAGCUUAGCUUAGCAUAAAGACUGGAAACGGGGGGAAACAAGUAGCCUGGCUCUUUCUAAAGACAGGACGUGUCAAAACUGAGAAUUAACCAUUUCUAAGGUCUUGAAUCAAUCUUCCCCUCUAACGAGACAAGAAUCAGAGCAUUUCCCAGAAUGCAUCACUAUUUCUUUUACAUUUUGAUUGAUUUCAACUGUUUAUACUGUUUACAGAUACAAAGCUUUUAAGGAAACUACUCAUAAUGUCCGAGGUCUGGUUUGAUGCAGUGAGAAGAUCAAACCAGGAAAAUGUCAUGUAAUAAAUUGAUCAGUAAUCAUUGUGGAUUCAGCAUGUGUUAUCUCCCCCCCCCCCCCCAGGCUAUCGAGGGUUUCGGUGAUUGAUCACAAAAUUAUUGACAUACAUCCGGCUCCGUGUAGUUAUACUCAUUUCAGCUCCUGUUGCUUGCUUUUCUUUACACUGUAAUAAACGAGACGGGUGAUUUGAUUCUU